AAAAUUGGGAAGGAAGUAAAUUUUUGAUCCACACUCCAUUCCAGUUGGUGGCGGAAAUACACCAUUUUGUUGUUUGUCAACCGCCAAUAAAAUUUCAAGAAGAAGAAGACGAAGAAGAAGAAUGCGGAACUAACCGAAUCCACAACACAAACACUAAACAUUUAUCUUUGCGAAAGUGUAUUUGAGGCCUGAAACUGCAGUGUUUAUCUCAUGACAGGUGUGUGUGAGUCUCUGUCUGGAGGAUAUGAGCAGGUGUGAUGGAAGCAAGCGUGUGUUUGGCUCCAGAUGAGGACUCUCUGAUUGAAGGAGUGAGCGACCCUGUGCUUCUGGUGCUGGGGCUCAGCGUCACCUUUCUGCUGGGUCUGGCAACACUGCUCUGCAGGAAUGAGCAGAGGAUUCACCCGGAGCAUCAGGAGCAGGUGCGUGUGGUCCGAGAGCAGCUGCAGCUGUCAGAGCCCAGGCCUCAGUAUUACUCGGACAUGUCGUGUCCCGUGUGUCUGCAGCAGGCUCUUCUGCCCGUGGAGACUAACUGCGGUCAUCUGUUCUGCGGGCCGUGCAUCGUGGCGUACUGGCGCUACGGGACGUGGCUGGGCUCCAUCAGCUGCCCCAUCUGCAGACAAACGGUGACCCUGCUGUUCCCGCUCUUCCGUGACACGGGGGGGGCUCAGGUCGAACCCGCGCUGAUCCUCAGAGACAUCCACGACUACAACCGCCGCUUCUCCGGACAGCCGCGCUCCGUGAGACGCUUGCAUCAUAAACACAUCACUAGCAUGACAAAUUAAUACGUGUCCCGUUUACUGUCAUUACUCCCCCUCGAGUCCUAGUUUCUCUCUUCAGAGGAGGAUAUUUUGAAGAACGCUGGUAACCAGAUAUUUUCCAGUCCGCAUUGACUUCCAGUGUUUUCCCAUACUGGGGAUUAUUACAGUUAAUGGCACAAUGAAUGUUUGAAAAUGUAAACUGAUAUUUCCUCCUGACACACUCCAGCAAAAGAUAGAAA